AUCCUAUCUGCCCUAAAUUUCACUCGCGAUCUAUACUACUCCUCUUGUUGUCUUCUCCGCACUACUCUUUGCAAGUUCCUUAUCCGUGGAUCUGAAGGAUAGCAAUGGAUCCUUCCGCUGCAUAUAUAGGCUGUGGACAACAAGGUUGUUCUGAUCAAGAUCACGAUGGCCACUACGAAAAGAAUCAAACCAUGAUCGAAGAUCUUGAAAAUUCAAUCUGCGAGCGAGACAAUCAUGGCUGGCGACGAGUUGCACUCAACUUUACACCAUCCUGGUUCUCCGUCAACAUGGGUACGGGCAUCGCUUCGAUUUUACUUCACAACCUCCCCUACAACAGUAGAUGGCUCUACUGGAUUUCCGUCGUGAUUUUCUGUCUCAACGUUCUGCUGUUCCUCCUCUUCCUCGCCAUCUCCAUCGCACGAUACACGUUCUUUCGCGGCUUAUUUCGAUUUAUGCUCAACCACCCUGUCCAGUCACUAUUUACCGGCACGUUUCCCAUGGGUUUAGCAACGAUCGUCAACAUGGUGGUUUUCGUCUGUGUCCCUGUAUGGGGUCACUGGGCUAUUAUCCUUGCCUGGACACUUUGGUGGAUUGAUGCAGUGUUGGCUAUAUCAACCUGCUUUUACCUUCCUUUCGUCAUUAUGCACAAGCACGAGAACGAGCUAUCGAACAUGACGGCGGUCUGGCUGCUCCCGAUUGUUGCAACGAUUGUUGCCGCAGCCACUGGCGGAAUUGUCGCGGAGGUCCUCCCGAACCCUCAACAUCAGCUAUGGACGGUUAUUAUAUCUUAUGUCCUCUGGGGUACCGGUUUCCCGUUGGCCAUGGUGACUCUGGUCAUCUACUUUCAUCGACUGACGAUUCACAAGCUUCCGCCGCGGGAAGUCGUCGUGUCUGUGUUCUUACCUCUUGGCCCUGUCGGGCAAGGCAGCUUCGCCAUUAUGCAACUAGGAAAGGUUGCUAAAAAGGUAUUCCCAACUACGAGGACACUAGACUCAGCAGCAGGGACAAUAUGCUAUGACGUUGGGGCGGUGGUGGCGAUCAUUAUCUGGGGCUAUGGCCUGAUCUGGCUUUUCUUCGCACUAGCCAGUAUCAGUCGCAACAAAUUCCCAUUUAACAUGGGUUGGUGGGGGUUCACCUUCCCUCUCGGGGUCUACAGUGUCGCAACCACAACGUUGGCCAAGGAGCUGCCUAGUACGUUCUAUCGAAUUCUCGGCACAAUUUUCUCCCUCGCGGUGGUUCUGUUAUGGGUCAUGGUCUUCGCAAUGACUGCGGUGGGAGUGUUCAAAGGCAACAUCUUCUACGCGCCGUGUGUACCGGCGUAUGAAAGACAAAGGGCCGUUCGGGAAAUUGAGCAGCGGAAUGCCCAAGAAAGCCCAGAUUUAGAAUAGCUGUGAUGCUAGACUGUUGCCUAUAUGGUCGAAAUCAG